AUGCUGUUCUCCACCACCAAUCUCUUCAAGGGCAUUGCGUGUCCUGCAGGGGCCAACUGCAAACUCACUCACUGCAUCUACUCGCAUGAUGCCCCAGAAUUGGCCGCCACACAGCCUCCACCCGCUGCCGUCGUACCUGCCCCCCCGCCACCAUCCAAUGAUGUAGUCGAGCCAGCGGCAAAGCGACGAAAAAUCACUUACAACACUCUCGCCGACAAGCCUCUAAGCAGAGCUGACAUGAUUCGAUCUCAACUGGCAGCUGUUCGACCAUCGGCCUCGUCUUCAUCUUCCAGUUCACAUUCAUCAACAUCUUCAACAUUGUUGCAUCCACCUCGGACUCUUGUCAAGCCGGUUUCGCCCCCACAAACCUCCAAAGCGGUAGCAGCAUCGGGAAAAGUCGCAUCUUCAGCUGCACCUCCAUCCAGUUCAGCAGUCAAGAUUGAGACUCUCAAUCCUCGUUUGAUCCCCAACGAUCCCGUCGGACAUGCGAAGCGUUCUCUCUUCAUCAAACACCUCCACGCCGAGAUGGUGCGUCUUAACAAGCAAGUUGGUGACGCGGGGGGUCUCGAGGGUGUCAUGUUUCUGCCUGAGCAGGAGCUGAUUAAGCUCGCGCUUGACGAGGAGGAAAAGGUGGUCCGCGAGCAGCCCAAAGUCUACCCAAACAUCAUCAAGCAACGAAUCUCCACUCUGAAGAAGAUCUCGACAGAGGAUUGGACGAAACAAGUUCAAGCGAUUCGAACAAAAGACUCGACAAUGCCGAAGAAGAAGAAUAAGUCCAGUGAGGAAAAGGUCAUCAACACCGGGCUCGAACUCGAGCAGGAGAUAUUGAUUUUGCCGCACCUGGUCGUCACCGACCAGUCCACCCUACAACCUCAUGGCUAUAUUCCGACGCCACCAACCCCGCGCGAAGCGUCAAUCGCAGCUGAGGCGGUAGAAGCCAGCCGCAAUUAUGAAGAGUGCGAUCGCUGCGCCGCGCGAUUUCAAGUCUUCCCCGACCGCAAUUCCGAGACGGGUUUGUUGACAGGAGGGGGAAUUUGCAAAUUCCAUCCCAAUCGUCCCAUACAACCUCCAAAAGCCAACAAAGGCGAGGCGCUAAAAGCAAAGGUUCACCCGUGUUGUAAUGAGACGAUUGGAACUCCCGGCUGCGCGGAGAAUGAGGAGCAUGUCUUCAAGACGACUUCUCCAGCGAGACUGGCGGCUGUCUGUCCUUUUAUUGUCACUCCGGAGAACCCGACACCCCGCCGCUCUCCACUGAAUGGGAAAGAAAUCAAGGCGGUGGUCUUCGAUUGCGAGAUGGGCUACACCUCCCUCGGACUCGAGUUAAUCCGUCUGACAGCACUAUCCUGGCCCGAGCACGAAGAACUUGUGGAUGUACUCGUCCGACCUCUGGGUGCCAUUAUCGACCUCAACUCCCGCUUCUCCGGCGUCUACCCUGAAGAUUACUCGAACGGCAAGAUCCCAGUAGUCGAGGGACCGGCCAAAGCACGCCACCUCAUGUGUGAAUAUCUCACUCCCAGCACCCCUUUGAUGGGCCACGCCAUCGACAAUGACUUGAACACCGUCCGACUCUGUCAUCCCACCAUUGUGGACACCGUUCUCCUCUUCGCCCACUCGAAGGGACUCCCCAUGCGACUUGGCCUUCGAAUGUUGAGUCAGCGAUAUCUCGGCCGCGCGAUCCAAUCUGGAGUGGGAGGUCACGAUUCCAAGGAAGACGCGAUCGCUACGGGAGAUUUGGUCAGGUGGAAGGUGGGAGAGAAGUGGAAGGCUUUGAGGGUGGAGGGGUGGAAGAUUGACGAGGGUGGAUUGGUGCGGCCGGAUGGGGAUGGGGUUGAGGAUCCUGCUUGGGCGGAGGGGGGAGGGAAGAGGAAAUUGGCUGAUUUGUUGGAGGAUGUGGGUGAGGGGAGUAGUGGUGGUGGUGGUGGUGGCGGUGGUGAUGUUGGGGAGGAGGGUGUGGCAAAGUAG